UUUCCCGCGCGUUGGUUCGCUCCUCCCCGCCCCUUUCCCCCACCUCCCUCGUCCCCUCCCACCCCUCGGCUCCCCGCGGUGGUCUGGCCCGGCCCGGCGGCGGCGGGAGCGGCGGAGACGGGCGGGGAGGUGCUGGCGGCCGGGGGUCUCGCUGUCCCUUGACGCGCCGGCCCCUGCGGAGCGGCGAAGAGCGGAGCGGGGCGGGGGAGAGAACGGAGCGAGCGAGGAAGCGGGAGCGGCUCCCUGACCCCGGGCAGCACCAUGAGUGAACAAAGCAUCUGCCAAGCACGAGCUGCUGUGAUGGUCUACGAUGAUGCCAAUAAGAAAUGGGUACCAGCUGGUGGAUCAACUGGAUUCAGCAGAGUUCACAUAUAUCACCACACAGGCAACAACACAUUCAGAGUAGUGGGCAGGAAGAUUCAAGAUCAUCAGGUUGUAAUAAAUUGUGCCAUUCCGAAGGGGCUGAAGUACAAUCAGGCUACACAGACCUUCCACCAGUGGCGUGAUGCUAGGCAGGUGUAUGGUCUGAAUUUUGGCAGCAAAGAAGAUGCCAAUGUCUUUGCAAGUGCCAUGAUGCAUGCCUUAGAAGUAUUAAAUUCACAGGAAGCUGUGUUCUAUUUAGGUCCUACAUUGCCUCGACAGAAUUCACAGCUUCCCUCUCAAGUACAAAAUGGUCCAUCACAAGAAGAACUGGAAAUCCAGAGAAGACAGUUGCAAGAGCAACAGAGGCAGAAGGAGCUGGAACGGGAGAGGCUGGAUCGUGAACGAAUGGAACGGGAGAGGCUGGAGAGAGAGAGGCUAGAAAGGGAAAGACUUGAAAGAGAGCGCCUAGAACAGGAACAACUGGAGAGAGAACGGCAAGAAAGGGAACGGCAAGAGCGCCUAGAAAGGGAGAGACAAGAGAAGGAGAGGCAGGAUCGAGAAAGACUUGAACGACUUGAACGAGAAAGGCAAGAAAGAGAACGGCAAGAACAGUUGGAAAGGGAACAAUUGGAAUGGGAAAGAGAGAGAAGAAUUUCAAAUGCUGCUCCAUCUUUCGACAGCUCCCCGUAUAGCACUCCACUUCCUGAAUACUCCAGUUGCCAGCCUCCUUCAGCACCUCCUCCAUCAUAUGCAAAAGCAGUCUCAGCACCAAUGUCAGAGGCCACACCGGAGUACGCUGUAGUGACUUCUGCACCACCGACUUCCACUCCCCCUACACCGCCUCUAAGGCACUCUGCAUCACGUUUUGCUACAUCUUUAGGCUCAGCUUUCCACCCUGUUCUCCCCCAUUAUGCUACGGUUCCUCGUCCACUGAACAAAAGUUCUCGGCCCCCUUCUCCAGUCAAUGCCCCAGCAACUUUGCCUCCAAAUACAAAGCCUGUUGCCUGGUCCGCGCCCAGUUUUGCCCCCCUUCCCCCAUCUCCUCCAGUAAUGAUAAGCAGUCCACCAGGCAAAGCUACUGGUCCGAGACCUGUUCUCCCCGUGUCGGCUUCUAAUCCAGCGAACCAAAUGUCCACGUCUCCCACAGCUCCUAAUGGGCUUCCUGAAAACCUGGCUUAUCCGGUUCCUUCUCCUUCUACCUCAGGUCCAACUCCGCCUCCGCCACCUCCUCCUCCCCCACUGCCUUCCUUUCCGCCUCUGUCACUUUCUGGACCUCAAGCUUCUCCUUCUCCCAACUCCCCGAAUGCCUCGACUCCCUCAUCCAAGCCUAGUGUUCUCCCUUCUCCCUCUGCAGCUACCCCUGCCUCUGUUGAGAACUCUCUAAACUCUGUGCUGGGAGACUCCUCUGCUUCUGAGCCAGUCUUGCAGGCAGCCUCUCAGCCGAUUGAACCUACGACCCAGCAGGGUGUUGUCCAAGGACCACCUGCACCUCCUCCCCCACCCCCUCUACCCUCUGGCCCAGCUCAGUCUUCGGUAGCAGCCCCACCUCCUCCUGGCCCACCACCACCACCUCCUCUUCCACCUUCAGGGCCACCACCACCACCACCACCUCCUCCACUUCCUAGCCAAGUUCCUCCUGUUCCCCUUCCACCUCCUGCUCCCCCACUCCCCGCCUCUGGAUUUUCAGUGGGAUUUGUGUCUGAAGAAAAUCGCCCUUUAACUGGACUAGCAGCUGCACUUGCUGGAGCCAAACUUAGGAAAGUCUCACGGGGUGAAGACUCCUCCAGUUCAAGUGGAGGAGGAGGAGGCUCUGCUUCAUCUAAAACAGACAGUGGCCGUGGAAAUGGACCACUUCCCUUGGGAGGCAGUGGGUUGAUGGAAGAAAUGAGUGCCCUGCUGGCCAGGAGGAGAAGAAUUGCUGAAAAGGGAUCAACAGAACCAGAACAGAAAGACGAUAAAACUGAAGAAUCAGAGUCUUCAACUUCUAAGGUUUCUUCAACAAGCACACCUGAACUAACAAGAAAACCUUGGGAAAGAACAAAUACAGUGAAUGGAAGCAAAUCGCCUGUUAUCUCCAGACGGGAAUCUCCGUGGAAAAAUCUGAUUGCUUCUGAAAACAGGUUCUAUGAUUCAUUAAACAGACCAAAAUCUACACCAACGGGGCAACCCAGUGCCAAUGGAGUACAGUCAGAAGGUCUAGAUUAUGACAGAUUGAAGCAGGACAUUUUAGAUGAAAUGAGGAAGGAGUUAACGAAAUUAAAGGAAGAACUUAUUGAUGCUAUCAGACAGGAGCUCAGCAAGUCGAAUACUGCAUAGAAAGACUAGUACUAAGCCGAUGUGACUCUUUAACUUCGUAUAAAACUGACUACGUUUGUGAGCUGUUAGAAGAAAAUGGAGACAGAGAGAGACACUUGGAAGGAGGGAGGAACAACCUAUUCUGAAAAGCUUCAGACACAUCACUCUGGUGAUAUGCUAAUCCCCUCCUAGUUUGCAGCUUUUUUCUGACCUUUACAGCAGGGUGGAAAAGACUCUUAAAGUUACUGUAAUGAUUAUGCAGAAAUUCCUACACCUAUCAGACAAGAUCACAGUGCUUUGAAGUCUACUCAUGUCAAGAUAAAAUUGCACAUGUUUCAGAAUUUGUUGUUAAGACAAAAAAAAAACCAAACAGGGAAAAGCUUGGGAAGGCUUUUCAGAGAGGUUUUCUUUAUUAAUGAAGGAGUUAGCAAGUUAUACUGUUGUACUUCAAAUGUAUCUCAGGUUUGUCUUCCUAUCAUAUCUGAUAUUUCCAUGAAUAAUUUAAGAGAUCAGAUGUGUAGAAGUUCAGUUCACAAAACGUGGAACAAUUAGAAAUGCGUGCUUUUAAAGGGCAAUAUUUGUAAGUGAAUGGCCUAGACAGUGACGGCAUAUCAAGAUUUUGGAAUUUUAUGAUAGGAAGCCUCUCUAGUUAGCCUUCAUGCAAUUUUAUAGGAAAACUAAAAAAGCAAAUACAGUCCAGAGUUUAAAGAUGUAGAUGCCUUCCUACAUUGUUACGAUGCUUUACCAAAUCUAAGACUUCUACAUAAUGCGAAUCAGCAGUCAAAUGUAAAUCAUUAGUAUGUUGUAGAUUUACAGUAGAUUUUGGGGCUUUUUUUAGAUUUAUGCAUGUGGACAUUUUUGUAAUGUAACACAACACAGCCAGCUUUUUAAUUAAAAGAAAAAUUGCAUGUCACAGAGUAGCCUUUUCAUUUGUAAGGCUUAAUUUAUGCCCAGAAAGAUGCGGGAUGAGGGAGGGGGAAGGUGACACAUUUUUAUUACUUUCUACGCUUUUUCUUCAUCUUACAUGCAUGUGUAAUAAUGAGGAAAACGUGACUUUUAUCAGUAACCAUGUUAAUGGAACCAGGUACUUAAUCCUUUUGUAUCUUUUUUCAGUUUUUCUAUUUGAAAUUCAGUAAUACUUCUGUAAUGAUUCUGAACCUAACUCAUUUCUUGGUGAGAGAACAAACAUGUAGGCAUCUGAAUUGCUGAGGAUGCCCUGUGUAAGUGCGUUGUCCUUGACCUUUUUACCAUGACCCUCUGCUUCGCUCUUCUCCGAGACUCCUUUUUUUGAUGGUUCAAUGCAGCAGGACGGCAGUUAGUUACCUUAGAACAACAGAGCAUCAAGUCACAGUAAAUGUCCCCUUUUCCUCCUAAUUUAUCUGCCACCCUCCUUCCGAAGUACAAAACCAACAAAAAACCCCCAGCUCCACACCACCCAAACCCUGUAAAACAGCAAUGGUAUGUCAUUGGUUUCGGUCAACAAUCAGAAGCAUUUUUAGCAGAGGUUAUACCUUUCUGUUUCCCAGGGUGGGAUUUCAGAUUUUAUGCUUGUAAAUUUAUGUUUUAAUUUUUCUUUUUAACAUGGUACUGUUCAGUGGAAUAGAAAUCCUGUGAAUUGGAUCUGUAGUGCUUCAAACAAAGAACAUGGAUGGAAAACUUCCCUUUUCCUUUGCACUGUCAGUUUUUCUGAGCCGUAACAGUGACAUGUUUGCUUUGGGAUCUGUGCUGAUACGAAAGAGGAGUUUGCUUAGAGCUUUUGGAGACAUCAGUGUUUCAGCUUUAAAGUAUAUGCACUUCAUUUGUAAGACAAAUGCUUUCAGUAACAUCUUAUCUUAAGUGCUGAACACCAAAGCAAAACAUCACUUACAGCUUUGGAAAGGCUUUGACAGGAAAUUUUUCUCCAAUUCAAACAUUUUGUGUUUCUAUAGGUUCAAAUUCUAAGAGAAGACCACAGUGGAAAUAUUGCCUAACUCUAUUAAUCAUUUUUCUAAAAGAUAAGAAACAAGACCAUUUUUUCUGCAUGUGUUUAUUGAAGACAUUAAAAGAAACCCGUAGCAAGCUUGCCAAGCACUGUUUUUCUCAAAACAAGAGGAGGCAUUUUCAUCUUUGUUAAUGUAACUUUUUUUGGUUUUACACAGACUUUUUGAGUAGUAAGGAAGUUCACCCUUGUCAGAAAUCAUGUUUAACUUGUUUCUAGGAGACUUCAGGAGUAGCAUAGUGGAAUAGCGUGAAUGGGUGUAAGUGGUCCAAAAUUAAAGGCUGAACUACUAGGUUGUGCAAGGAACUGGUUUAUGCACUAAACGUUUUGUGCCUUGGUCUACAAUUAACAUGAUUUCUGUUUAAAAGAAAAAGGAACAGAUGUCGUUUUUUGUGCUGCUUCUACAUACAUACUUUCUGUAAUCCCAAACUGCCGAAUCGGUUCUUUCCAGAAAAUAGGAUUGAAUUAAAGAUUUCUGUAGACAUUUCUUGUCCUACUGACAGUUGCAUCGUUUCCAGAGAUUUCAGUAUUGAAAACGAACUGCAGAAGCUGAGAUUACUUUGCUUACUGGUAACUAAGUUCUUUACAAACCGUAUUGUGGUGGUUCUGUGCUUUUUGUACAACGGAUGUCUUAAGCUGAGGGCAGUUUUAAGGGAGCCUUUCUAACGCCAGGAAGGUGUCGCUUUCCUCAACACUGUGAUCUGACAUGUGAUAAACCUGCACUAUAGACAAGUGGCUACUAAGUCAACUGCAAACAACUGAAUGUAAAAAAUCGUAGUGCUGGUGCUGAAAUCUCUUCAGAUAGUCAUAAUGAUUUCCAGUUCUUUGUUUUUAAAAGUUAUUGAGCAUCAAGUGUCAAUCAAAGACUGAAGAUGAUCACUAAUGAAUGUUGACUUUUCAUGCAUUUAGGUUUACCUUCUUUUUAGUUUCUCGGUUCAUUCUCUGCUAUUUUUAUCAUAUUGUGUCAUUUUAAAUUUCUUACAUGCUAACGUUUUGUUUGAGCGAAUGAAAUAAAAUUGCAAUAUAUACAUGUUGCCACCAUUUAUUUCUGGAAACUUGUAGAAGACUCCUUGAGGUUUACUAUUCGAAUUCCUAAAAAUUUUAAUGACUUUGAUCAUUCUUUACUCCUUGAUUCCAUCCCUCCUUUCUGUUUCUCCGUCAGAAGACUCAGAAGAGAAGCAAAGACUUACGUUAACGCUGAAUGUAAUUGCAGGGACUCUGUAACAUUCAUGGACUGCUGUACAUGAAUUAAAAUCCAUUUUCAAUGUAUGAUUUGAUUUAUGUUCUCACACAGCGUACACUUUGGUCUCUGUAUUCAGAGAAAACUUGGUGAAGAGAAAGAGGGGCAAAAAAACAGGGGGAAAAAUAAUAGCAGUUAAUCAGACUUUUUCUCUUGCUGCUUUUAUGUUCAUGACACAUUCUCAAUACCGCUAAUAAAGAAAAACAACCGUGAAAGA